UUCAAACCAUUGAAACAAUUUUAUUUCCCAUUUGAGAUCGAGUAACAAGUUAUACUUGCUUUCUUUUUAGCCAAAGAUCAUGAGUGGCAGUAUAGAGAACAAGGUUGUAAUAAGGGAAUACAAUGAAGACAGGGAUAUUAAAGUGGUGGGGAAGCUUGAGAGGAAGUGCGAGAUAGGAUCUAAUAAGGAAGUCUCCAUUUUCACCAACAUGAUGGGCGACCCUCUAUCUAGGAUUAGGUUCUAUCCUGUUCAUGUUAUGCUGGUUGCCGAGCUGCGUGAAAAUGGGGAACUUGUCGGUGUAGUUAAAGGAUGCAUCAAAUGUGUGGGGACUAGAUUUGGAGCAUCAUAUGUAAGGUUGGGCUGCAUCCUAGGCCUUCGAGUUUCUCCUAGACAUCGACGAAUGGGGAUCGGGCUGGAACUUGUCAAGUCAGUUGAAGAAUGGCUGAUAGGAAAUGGGGCACACUAUACUUUCCUAGCAACUGAAAAGAACAAUGUGGCCUCUACGAAUCUCUUCACUUCCAAGUGCAAUUACAUAAACUUUACCUCAUUGGUCAUAUUUGUUCAACCAGCUAGUCUUCCUGUAAAGGGUCUGUCCCAAGACAUAAAAAUAGAGAAGCUGCAGACAGACCAGGCCAUUUAUCUGUACAACAAUAAGUUCAAAAGCAAGGACAUAUAUCCGACGGACGUUGAUGCUAUCUUGAAGGAAAAACUGAGCGUUGGUACAUGGGUAUCUUAUUUUAAAGAAGAGGAAUGGUUUAGUUUGCACAGUACUGAAAGGAAUGAAGACAUCAUCACUAGAACUCCAAGUUCUUGGGCUAUGUUUAGCAUAUGGAAUUCUUGUGAGGCAUACAAGCUUCAUAUAAGAAAGUCUCACCACCCGUUUAAGUUUUUUCACGCAACUUUAAGCCAUGCAAGAGAUAAGAUUUUCCCUUGCCUUAAAUUCCCAAUAUGUCACUCGCUACAGAAACCAUUUGGAUUCCUCUUUCUGUUCGGGCUUUAUGGAGAGGGAGAGGGGCUCCAAGAGCUCAUGAAAUCCAUAUGGAGCUUUGCAUCAAGAUUGGCUGAAAAUGUGAAGGACUGCAGGGUUAUUAUUAGUGAACUAGGGGUCUCUGAUCCUCUAAUAGAGCAUGUGCCCCAAGAAUCCUCCAUGUCUUUCAUCAAUGACCUCUGGUACCUGAAGAAAGUGAAUGACAUCGCUGAUGACAGCGAGGAACCCGCGGUCAUGGGGCAAGUAAUAGGGAAUGUAUUUGUUGAUCCAAGAGACUUUUAGCACACUGUAUAACCAUAAUGAUCUUAAAACCUGGGGUUGCAACACUUCUAGCUAGCUAGGUGCUAGAGCUUGGUGCUGUUGCUCUAUAUGUUUUUCCGUCGUGUUGAGUUUGCUUCUGUCAUGCCUAGUUGACACUCUAGAAAGCGGCAUGUGUGCAUACUAGUGCUGAAUUAAGAAGUCUGUUUAAGACGAAUAAUACUAUCAUCAUGAAUGAGCUCGAACACUACUUGCAGGUUGAUGAAGCUACGGGCUAGCAAUUUGGUUUUAAAUUGAAUAUUUUGGUUUCAAAUUUUAAUCUUGAAACUAAAUCCAUCCGAGUGGUUUGUUAAUAG